AAAACAUAUUAUAUUAUUACGCGAUUUUGUCACAGUAGAAGUGUGUGGUUACUUACGCCUAGUUAAUUGCCAGGCAGUGCCGAGAACCAGUCUAUAUAGACAUAGUCCCCGAUCCGAAUUCGAACAGUAGUAACCCACUCAGAUAUGAGUGAUACCGAUGCGGGAAUGAUCCAGGUUAAUGGAUGUAUUAUUCCGCCGACCUUGCACAUACAUCAUUGUCAGUGGAAGGAACCCUUUUGCGAAACAAAUCAAACAGCGAUUUCUUGUGGCCCGUCGAUUUGGGCCUUAGAACUGCCAAAACUUUUGUUGAAUCAAUAAGCCACAAAAACAAUUUGGGUCACGUUACAGCUGGCAACCGGAUUUCAUGACAAAAUUCCCUAAUGGUAACCAAAGACCGAACGCCCGAACGCCAAAUACCCAAAUAUCCUUAUAGCCAUAUAGCCAAGUAGCCAAGUAGUGAAUACCAAAACAAUAAAAUGUAAACAAAUGCAGAAAGAGCCAUCAAAUUUGAAAGCACCCACUCAAUGUGAACUAUAUUGAUACGUACGUCUGUUCCGAUACACGAGCUUUAGCUCCACCAUUGGCACUUUGGCAACCCCACAGUUGGCAGAAGUAAAAGUAAGCCCACAACGAUAUAUGGCCAUACAUAUGCAAAUGAUAUGGGCCAGUUUGCCGGGGCAGCGGAGCAUGUGGGUGUAUAUCGAUGGCAUUGGCCACCAAAAAGUGGCUCCGCCACAUAUUGGGUUACCAGACACUUGCACAUUUCUGCACCGACACCGCAGGCGAGAAGUUCUAGUCCUUCGCUAGGAUGUACGGCACGGGAAAGGAUCGCUCCGGCCAGGAGAUUAUUUCUCCACAGGAUUACCCAGUGCAGCAGCAGCGCGCUCAGUCCAAGUCAGAGUAUGUCAUGAAUUCCGCAUCUGUAGAUCGUCCUCAGCAGCAGUCGAGACCACAACCCACGCAGGAUUAUGUGCCUUUUGAGUCCUCCGAUUCAUCUGUGGAACGAAAGAAAGAACAGCCAAGUGCUCAGUUAAGCACAGAUUAUACCAAUAGCAACACCACUUCGGAUAGUGCCUCCUACGGCUCAGAUUCAGUUUCCAAACAGCAGAUACGAUCUCAGCAGAAUCCAGAGUAUCAGAACAAUGCCUAUGAGGCACCUAGAGAUGACCGCAGUCAACUGCAGCCACAGAGAUCCCAGCCAGCUACCGAUUACUCUGCAUAUGAACGUCAGCAACGUCCGCCACCAACCACACUAGACUACACCACCGGCUAUAAUGCACCACCUAAAGAUCGCACCACCCUGUCACGCACCAACUCGCGGCCCACCCUCUCCUCACCCAAUCCCAAGCUCCAAAGUAUACCCAAUACCGAGUAUGUGCGACCACCACAGAACUUUGUCUUGCCACCGCAGAUGCGUCCCGCCGUGGGGCCACCACAGCCGCGUCCUCCGUUCGCCGGAGCCCGACCUAUGGUCGGAAUGGGACCACGACCACCCAUGCCGCCGAACAUGGCGGCCAGGCCACCACCGCUGCGCAGCACAGACAGCAAGAGCAACCUGCUAAUGGGUCCACCGAUGCGACCGGGCAUGCCACCGCAACUCAAUAUGCAGCAGGCUCGUCUGCCCAAUGCCGGCGGACAGCUUAGCCCGCCGGGCCAGGGACCACCAAGGCCACCAGGCGGAUUUCCUUGGAAUCCAGCCGGGGCACCGGGAAUGCCACCCGGAGCACGUCCGCCCCAGAAUAUGACGCGACCGCCGCCACCUACUUUUGCACGCCCGCCGCCGGGACAGCCGCUGCAGGCACCCUUCAAUCGACCGCCUUUCAACCAGCCGCCCAUGCAACCGCAACAGCAACAACCACCACAACAGCUGCAGCAGCAGCAGCAGCAGCAACAGCAGCAGCAACACAUGCAACAGCAGCAGCAACUACGCCCACUUUCGGCAGCCAGUGCACACAACAACAACGAUGACGACGACGACGUGGUCAUGGGUCCCGCGGUGACCCCGCUCAAGACCUUCAAUUCGAGGCCCGAUCCAAUGGGCGAGCCCCUACUGGAGGACAUCGAGCCGCCCUUCCAGACGAGCCCCCCAGCCGGAGAAUCCAAAAAGGGGCCCGGCUUCAAGGGCGACAAUGACAGCGGCGUGGAUGAGUCCACUCAGGAGAAGGAUCGCAACGGACCCAACUCGCCCAGUUCGCCCGUAAAAACGCCCACAUCGACCUCAUCGAAGCCGGACAAGUCGGGCACGUCGCGUCCACCGAGUGCCACGCCCUCGAACAAGUCAGCCCCCAAAUCGCGCAGCGCCUCCAAGAACCGCUUGCUCCUCAAGACCCCAGAGCCCGAGCCAGUGAAGAAAGUUCCAAUGAACAAGGUACAAGUCGGACAUGCGCCUUCACCCAAUCUGAAGGCGGUACGCUCCAAGAUCGGAUCCCUGGACAAUGCCACCUAUAAGCCGGGUGGCGGCCACGUGAAAAUCGAGUCCAAGAAGAUCGACAUCAAGGCGGCACCGCGCAUCGAGGCCAAGAACGACAAGUACAUGCCAAAGGGCGGCGAGAAGAAGAUAGUUACAACAAAGUUGCAGUGGAACGCCAAGUCCAAAAUCGGUUCGCUGGAGAAUGCCGCCCACAAGCCGGGAGGCGGGGACAAGAAGAUCGAGACCCUGAAGAUGGACUUCAAGGACAAGGCCAAGCCGAAGGUGGGCUCGACGGCCAAUGUGAAACAUCAGCCGGGUGGCGGAGACAUCAAGAUCCAAACGCAAAAACUAGAAAUUAAGGCACAAAGCAAAGUUGGCUCUUUGGAUAAUGUAAAGCACAAGCCCGGUGGCGGUGAGAAGAAGAUUUUCGAUGAUAAGGAUUAUUUGAAAAAUGUUGAACACUCUGUUGCACUGACAACACCACCAACACAGAGUCCACUACCAUCCAUGACGGCUUCUGGCGCUGAUGAAAAUUUAAAUCAACAAAGCUAAAUGCCGAAAUGCAUGUCGAGCUGUAUCUGAAACUGAAUCUGAAACUGACUCUUUCUUUGCAAGCUAAGAUCAACAAAAGUGAAAUAUGAGCAGCUAAUUUGAAACGUACUAUCUAAGCAAAAUCCACACAAUGCAAAACGAGAGUUAUGCGAUAAUUUCCACACACCCAGAUAAUUCACAAGCCAGUAAAUGCGAUCAGAUCAAUUCGAUAGAGGUGCAAGCACGCAAUGAGAUGCAGAUACUCGUACAUCUACACAACCACCCCACAUAGAAGCGGUAUUUGGUAUACAAUCGAAAGUAUAUUUGACUAGUUGAGCAAUGCACUCUUUAUCAUCAGAUAGCAGACAUGAAUUAUAUAUCUCAAUGUAUUACCAGAACUUCAUAUAUACAUACAAAUCUAUAUAUAUAUAUAUAUACAUAUAUAAAUAAAAGUAUCUAAAUAUUUAAGCAAAUUAUACAAGAAACGUACGAAUAAAGUGUAUGCUUAGUUGAAAAUGUUACCACUUGACGUCUAAAUGUUAAACGACUAAGAUAAUGCAACCAUUUAGAUACUUUUGCGACCAGUGAAAACCAAAAACCAAACCCAACUGAACAGAUACGAAACAAAAAACAAAACGAACCGAACCGAACAGAAGAGAUAAUAACACGUAUAAGCAUAUUUUUACUAUUAAUUUGUAUCUUAUUAGUCAAGCGCAUCAUUCUCACGAUUUAUUUACACCCUGUUACAAAAUGUAAGAACAAUGGCAAAAUUUAAGCAAAUAAACAAACAAAAAAAACGUUUUUUUCAUUUAC